AUGGCAACCACCGACAUUAAGGCACUUCUGUCAAAAAUGACACUUGAGGAAAAGGGAAUCGGCCCUAAUGGCGCACGAGGUAGAACGUUCAUGAACAGCGUGACUGCCGCCUGCUUUCCCGCUGCCUGCAACGUUGCGUCAACCUUUGAUGUCGACAUUGCUCGUCGUCUGGGUGUGGCCCUUGGCGAGGAACCUAUCACCAAGGGGGCUCGCUGCAUUUUGGGGCCAACCAUGUGUGCCCAUCGUCAUCCUCUCGGAGGUCGAAACUUUGAGAGCUACUCUGAAGACCCCUAUCUGGCCGGCAAGCUUGCUUCGCAAAGUAUUCAGGGAAUCCAGUCGACAGGCGUUUCCGCAACCAUCAAGCAUUUUGUCGCCAAUGAGCAAGAGACCCAGCGCUUGAGCGUCGACACUAUCGUCAGUGAUCGGGCCUUGCGGGAGAUCUAUAUGAAACCCUUCGAAAUCGCCAUCAAAGAAGCCAAUCCCCACGCCGUCAUGACGUCCUAUAACAAGAUCAAUGGCUGCCAUGCUGACUCGAAUCUCUUUCUCCUUCAGACCGUGUCGCUAGGAGAAUGGGCUGGAGCCAAGGGCAUGGUUUUGCUCAAGAACGAUUACGGACUGUUGCCUUUGACCAAGGACAAGGUCAAGGUAAAGGAGAAGAAGAUCGCUAUCUUGGGUCUUGCAAAGGAAUGCCUUGCCCACGGCGGUGGCAGCGCUUCUGUCAGCAUGCACUGCAAGGUUACCCCAUGGGACGCUCUCCAGGACGCCUUCAAAGACCAGGACGUUGAACUAACCUUUGCCGAGGGCGCGCACACCAUGCGUCAGUUGCCUCUCAUCACCCAGCAUGUGAAGGAUGUCCAGGGCAACCCCGGCUUUACCUGGCGCAUGUUUGAACUCGGAAAAUCCGAGCCCUACAGUGUCAUUCACGGCCACCCUAACUCCGAGGUUUCCAUCCACAACAAUCUGGAUGUGGUCAAUACCUCUGUUGAGCUCGAGGGAACCUUUACUGCCCCUGAAACAGCUACCUACUACUUCACCCCCACUGGCUUAGGCCCUUCCAAGGUCACCAUCAAUGGGAGUCUAUUAUACGAGCAGGAGGAAAAGAGCUCCGAUCCUAUGAGCUUCCUGCUUGGUGGAGUUUCGGCUCCCCUUGUUAAGUUUGACCUGGAAGCCGGCAAGCAAUACAACAUCUUGAUCGCGAGCUCGCCGCCUGAACACGUUGAAGGCGAAGACCUUGGAAUUCUCGAAGGCAAGGUUGGCGUACGACUGGACUACAUUUCGGCUACCGAGUAUGAUAAAGAUCUGCUCACUGAGGCCACUGAUCUCGCCAAGUCAGCCAACUACGCUGUCGUCUUUACGGGCCAUACCCCUUCUUGGGAGACGGAAGGGCAGGAUCAGGUUGGAUUCCACCUCCCAAAGGAUGGCAGUCAGGACCGUCUCGUGUCGGGAGUCGCUGCAGCGAACUCUAACACGAUAGUCGUCAACUCAACUGGCGUGGCCGUUGGAAUGCCCUGGCUAGACCAGGUGAAGGGCCUAGUGCAGGCUUGGUUCCCUGGUCAAGAGGCCAGCAACUCUAUCGUUGAUGUCUUGACGGGUGUCCAAAACCCUGAGGGUCAUUUGACCUGCACGUUCCCAAAGAGACUGGAGGAUUGUCUAGCAUACGGAAACUUCCCUGGCGACUAUAAGGGGCGACAGCUGACCGUCAACUAUGCCGAGGGUGUCUUCAUUGGCUAUAGGCACUUCGACACUCUCCCAGCGGACAAGGUAAACUUCCCCUUCGGCUUUGGUCUGUCGUAUACAACCUUUGGCUACUCAGGCCUUGUCGUCUCAUCAACUCCCGAGGAUAGUUGGACUGUCAGUAUCAAGGUCUCCAACACUGGCAACCUCGGGGGAGCUAUAGCAGUGCAAGUCUACGUGGGGAACAGAACUAGACAGCCCGAAACCCCCAUCAAGACAUUGGUUGGCUUCAAGAAGCAAACCUUGGCGCCUGAUGCCUCGGCAGUAGUUGAAGUGCCCGUCCAUGCUCGCGACUUUGCGUCUUGGAGCGAGAAGCUGAAAGAAUGGGUGGCUGAGGCUGGUGAAUACAUAUUCAGUGUUGGCAGAAAUGCUGCAGACCUGGUUGAAAGCAAGGAGGUAUCGGUCAAGUCUCAGUCGUAUAAGCCGUAG